AAAACAAACAAACCACCGAACACAGUACAUAACGUAUCAGCGCUUAUCUUGUGUGUGUGUUAACCCAUGUUGCCAAUAUUCAUCCCCUCCCAACGGCCUAUCGCUGAAUCACAGACAUAAGUUUGAUCGUGUUUGUGUUGGUGCUGCCGUCUACGACACAGAAAAAGCCAAAAACACACCGAUAUUUGCUGCGGCCGCCCAAAUACACCGGCUAGACGCCCAUCCAACAACACCAACUCGCAUCCGGCUGAAUGAGUCAUCGCACCGUAACGCAAUGCCCGCGAUACGACGGUUCGGUACGCUACGCCCAGUUCUAGCAGUGCUUCUACUACUAGCCAAAGUGCAAUCGAUUGAGGACCAUUUCUCAACCCAACCGGAGAUAACAAACCAUCUGGACCGCCCCAAAGUUACCAUGGCCGACAAUAGCAGCUCUCUCGAUGCGCAAUUUGUGUCACAGUCGAACAGCUUCGCUACCAAGCUGUACCAGCGAAUAAGUGCGAAACAUGCGGGAGAGAAUGUGGUCAUUUCGCCCUUCUCAAUCAGUGCGUGCCUUUCCCUGGCUGCGAUGGGCGCCGGCGGCCUUACCGCAGAGCAGAUGUACUCCGUGCUGGAAUUUGGAGCGCCAGACAGAAAGCAAACCGUGGCCGACAACUAUCGGCGCCUAAUGGAGCGCCUCGCCACCGACAGCACGGUGAACGUGGCGAACAAAAUCUACGUCAUGCAGAAUUACGCUGUCAAGGGUGCGUUCAACGCGAUUGCCACCGGCAGCUUCCGGUCGGAGGCCGAGUCGGUCAACUUUGCCGAGAGCGCGGCGGCAGCGAAAAAGAUUAACGGCUGGGUGGAGGAGAAGACGAACAACAAAAUCAAGGAUCUGAUCUCGCCGGAUGCGCUGGACGAGCUGUCGCGCAUGGUGCUGGUCAAUGCGGUGCACUUCAAGGGCACCUGGACGUACCAGUUCGAUCCGAGCCUGACCCGCCCGUUCCCGUUCUGGCUGAGCGAGACGGAAUCGCGCGACGUGCCGAUGAUGAACAUCAAGAAACACUUUGCCUUCAACAACUUCGAGGAGCUCGGCUUCUCGGCGCUGGAGCUCACGUACGGCGGGAGCGACAUGACGAUGAUGCUGCUGCUGCCGAACGAGCGGAUGGGUUUGGCCGCGCUCGAGGAAAAGCUGCCCACGCUCAAUCUGGCCGAGCUGGCGGGGAAAAUGCACAAGCAGGAGGUGGAGGUGUUUCUGCCCAAAUUCAAGAUCGAAUUUACGCGCGAUCUCAACGAGGAUCUGCAAGCGCUCGGCAUGGAAAGAAUGUUCAGCGACUCGGCCGAAUUCCCCGACCUGCUGGAGCAAAACGAACCACUGAAGGUGUCCAAAGUCGUCCACAAAGCGUUCAUUGAAGUGAACGAGGAAGGCACUGAGGCGGCUGCUGCUACCGCCAUGAUCGCGGUGUCAUUCUGUAUGAUCAUCUCCGAACCAGUGAAAUUCACAGUUGAUCAUCCAUUCAUUUACGCACUCAUGUCACCGGAGAAGAGUGUGUUUUUCAUUGGAAAAACCUGUAAAAUGCCAUAACAUGGUUUACGGUGUACCAUUAAUAACCCGCAUUACAAUGAGGAGAAGUGAUGCAUUUUUAUACGUGUUAUAGUUCCUGAAACCGAUAAUCAGUUUCUGUAGUCAUCCUAAAACAUUGAUUUAAAAAAGAUAGGCAAAUGCAAACAUUCAAAAUAGCAAUGAACAAAGAACCAUAAGAAUAACACAAAAGAUGAUUUACCAAAAAUAAAUAUCUUCGUAGGCCAUAGUUUCAAUAUGUGUCUCCUAUAGUCUUAGCGCUUAUAGUAGAUGCACGUCUUUGGCUAAUAAAACUCAACAAACGCAACAAUUUUUUUUUUGCUAACGACUAUAAAAACACACACGUACUUUAUGUUAAUUUUUUAUCGUUCCAACAGGUAUGGUGAUGAUGACGUGCGCAAUGAUUAUGUACCCUAUGUUUACGGCUGAUCAUCCGUUCCUAUAUGCGCUGAAAGAUUCGCAAGGAAACAUCUUGUUCAUUGGUAAAAUACUUAAAGUUUGAAACACGAGCAAUAUAAAAUGCUUCAAAUCGGACCAAAUACGCAUAACCUCACAAACACAAACAGUUGCCUUAACUAAUCCAUCCGUAUGUAUGCAUUUAAACGCGCACAACAAUACAAACCGUACAAAGCUACCUCUUCUGUAUAGCGUAUCAAAGAGCACACUAAGCACUUUACAAAUCAAAGAGCACGUACUUACAAAUGUUCCAAAUAUAUUUAUAUUAAUGUCAAUGUGGUGUACAACACACCAAGUGUCAUAAAAUAAAGGAUAAACUUUUUUGUUUCACUCA